AGCAAGCAAAACUCCGAUCGCACAAUUUUGUGUUUAAUGUCUUAAACAUAAAUUUUAAUUGUUGUUCUAAUUCUUCUUAAAAAUGUCAGCCUGUCUAAUUUGCAAUAACUCCGUGAUACAAAAUGACUCCUCAAAUUUGAACAUUUCUCCAGAAACUUUAACUUAUCUGGAGUCUCAGGUCAAAGUGAUUUUCCUCUUGCAAAAAUUACUAAACGUGUCGACAUUCCGGUGUGAAAAUUACCUCGAGAAGUAUGGCGAUCCUUCGACGUGGAUAAGCACGUGUUUCGAGUGCAACUCCCUCCUUCGCGAUGCAUACUCGUAUCACUGUCAAAUUGUUAAAUUACAAAAGAAGUUAUCCAAUAUUAAGGGUCAAGUACGAGGAAAGAUUAAAACGAUAAAAGUCAAAGGCCAUCAUCGUCGCCGCGUGACCUCGCUACACGCAGAAAUUCGGAGUUAUUGUCUCGAGCAAGAAGGAGAUGAUGAUGAGGACGACAACUUCGACGUCAAACCGGACCCUGAGGAUGAGGAGGAGUUUUCUUGUCCUUUGUUAAAAGCAGAGGCCAUCCUGGACCCGGAUGGAGGUCAAGGUCAAGAGGAUAACGUCCCCAUUAAGGAUGAACCGUUUGAAAUUUCUCAGAAUGAGAUUGACUCGGACGAUCAAAUUGAAGAUGAUGACAUCGACGUGGUCUGUGGCGAUAAGAAUGAUGAUUCAGAUUACGACCAAGAUUCCGGCGAUGAUUCUUCAACUUCCGGUGAUGAUUCAUCAACUUCCGGUGAGACGAUGGCAUCAAAAAGGAGAAAACUUGAAUCUCCGUCUAUCGGACCAGAUGGUCUGUUUAUUUGUAACCACUGUACUAAAACCUUCUCGAAAUUAAAGACUCUUCGGAAACAUGAAAACAGAAUACACAACGUAUUCUAUAGGAAACACAAGGAAAGAAAGCUAAGCAUUCAAAUUAGGAAACCUCGCUUUGAAGAUUUUAUUGAGCCAGCAUUCAAUGGAGAGUUCAAGUGCAAAAUUUGUGAUAAGAUCUUCUCUAAACGAGACACUUUAAGGAGACAUCAAAAUGUGGCGCAUGACUUAUUUUUUAAAAAGAGAUUGUACGAGUCGGACGGAAGAAUUAGGAAAAUUGUGGUAAAUCCGGUAAAUCCUGGUCCUGAAGGUGGAGAGUUUAAUUGUUCUUCGUGCGAAAAGACGUUUAAAACAAAGAAUAUGUUAACCAGACAUACUAAAUUUGCUCAUGGGAAACAAUCUGGAGAAAAUUCGGAAACCAUAAGCCUUGUCAAGGAGGAAGACGAUAAGACUGGAAAUCAAAGUCAAACCUGUGGCGAGUGCAAUGUCACAUUUUCAACCAAAGCGGGUCUGACCAAUCACAACUAUGUACUUCACUUCAAGGAUUCCCUGGUGAAAAUGCAACCAAAAAAGAGGGUCGAUUAUCUUCUCCUCGCCCAAGAUGUGACCCUUACUCCGUGGAAAUGUUCACAGUGCUUCACCUGGUGGGCGACCGAGGAUGAGAUAGAUGAACAUUCCAGAGUCGUGCAUAAUGUCGAUUUCAGUAAAGUUGAUCUGGAAACAAAUUUCAAGUGUGACCUUUGCACAAAAGCGUACUCGACCAAGGCAAAUCUCCUCCUCCACGGGGAACAAGUCCAUGCUGGUGAACCAUUUAGUAACAUGGGAACAAUGACCGUCUACCAGUGCGAACACUGUCCUCGCAAAUUUAUAGACGAAUCACGCUUUGAAUUUCACUUGGGAAAAGUUCAUCAAGUUUUAAAGAAUCCUAAAAAGACAAAGGUUGGCGGAAUCUGUCUAUUUUGCGGACUAGCCUGUCACACCCACCUAUAUUUUCACCGGCACAUUCACCUCCACUCUGGCGAGAGAAACAUUCUAUGUGAAUUCUGCAGUGCCACAUUUUCCGAAGGUCGCUACCUCGCCUUCCACAAACUGCGACACCACGCGGACAUGUUACCUCCUCAAGAGAAGAAUGCCCUCCAGUGCGAGACCUGCUUAAGAGUCUUCUCUACAAAAGAUUACCUCCAAGUCCACGUGAGAACGGUGCACGAAAAGAAGUACAAAUUCAUUUGCGACCUUUGUGGAGCUGGAAGAGAGCACGAGUCGUCAUUCAAGCAGCACAUGUUAUCUCACGGGACGAGAAAAAUGUACGCCUGUCCCCACGCCGGGUGCAACAUGAGUUACAAAACUAACAGCGGACUCUCCGUCCAUCUUAGUUCUCAUCAUUCCGGAAAAGUGUGGAAUUGCCAGUUUUGCGAGAAAGAGUUCAAUAAUCGCCACGAUUGUCGACGACAUGAAGAAGCGGUUCAUACGAAGACGACACAGUUUACGUGUCACGUUUGCUCCAAAGAAUUCCCAAUUCGAGACUAUUACAGAAAUCACAUAAAAAGAUGCCAUAAAAAGGUUGGGGUGGAAAAUUCAUGAAAAUGGAACGAUUUAUAUUUUUAUACCGAAAAGUUCGUGAUUUACAGGCAAAUAAUUUCAAAAUUAUUGUAAACAAUAUUUUUAUAAUUUAAUUAUGUAAAUGCAUAUUCAAAUCUAAUUAAAUCACCAUUGCCGAUUAAUAAUCGGCGAUUAUUACGCGAUGUUGCAAUUAAAUGGUUUUAAUACUUGGA